AUGGCUUACUGUGGACCAUCUUACGCCAUUCCUUCCUGUGCCUCCUCUCCAGUUGUCGGCUUUGGAUCGGCAGGUCUCGGCUACGGUGGCCUCCACUACGGCUUUGAAUCCGGGGUGCCCUCCGCUAGUCUUGGCACCCUUGCAGGGGUCGAGCCUUCCUGCAUCAACCAGAUCCCACCCGCAGAAGUUGUUAUCCAGCCACCUCCCGUGGUCAUGACCCUCCCCGGACCCAUCCUCUCUGCUACCGGGGAACCAGUGGCCGUGGGGGGCAACACUCCAUGUGCUAUUAGCUAUGGUGGAUCCGUCAUUGGGUCUGGUGGUCUUGGGGGUGGUGCUCUUGGGGCUGGGUUUCUUGGGUCUGGUUCUCUUGGGCGCCGUUACGGCUUUGGUGGCAGGAGUGGUGUCCUCGUUGGGCGUCGCGGAAGCACCUGCUUGCCGUGUAAUUAA